AACUAUCCUUGAUUCUCACGUUACGAGUUCGUUCUGUGUCGUACUGCGCAAUUCACUAUUGGCAUUUCCUUCGAGCCACCAAAUAUCUUUUCGCCCCUUCACAUAAGCUUAAGUCAUGGCUCCCUCCUCUCAGGCCGCUCAGCGGAUAGAGGAAGCUCGAGCACUCGCAAAGAAAGAUGCUUCGCAAGCGGCAUCUAUCUACAAAGAGGUCCUUGCCCAAGGCCCGGGAUCUACCGAAAGCUCGUCGCGUGAUUACGAAAAUGCUUUGGUCGGGCUGGGAGAGCUCUACCGGGACGAGAAGAAGCCGCAGGAGAUCGCAGAACUGAUCAAAACAAGUCGGGAUUCUUUUUCAUCAUUCGCCAAAGCAAAGACAGCAAAGCUCGUUCGCCAGUUGCUCGAUUUGUUUAGUGAGAUUCCGAACACCCUCGAUAUUCAGAUUGCCGUCAUCCGAUCUUGCAUUGAAUGGGCCGUCGCCGAGCGACGAUCCUUUCUACGGCAGAACCUCGAGACUAGGUUGGUGGCGAUAUUCAUGCAGAAGCAAAGCUAUUAUGACGCUUUAAACCUGAUCAACUCACUUCUCCGAGAACUGAAGCGGCUCGACGACAAGCUUAUGCUAGUUGAGGUGCAGCUAUUGGAAUCGCGGGUAUACCAUGCACUUGGCAACCAGGCUAAGGCGCGUGCUGCGCUGACGGCCGCUCGCACUUCGGCCGCUUCUGUCUACACACCUCCGAAUCUGCAGGCUGGUUUGGAUAUGCAGAGUGGUAUGCUGCACGCCGAGGAUAAAGAUUUCAACACCUCAUACUCUUACUUUAUUGAGGCCCUAGAAGGCUACAGCUCGCUGGACGAAGGAGAGAAGGCGACAGCAGCGCUGCAAUACAUGCUCCUCUGCAAGAUAAUGCUGAAUCUGGUGGACGAUGUCACAACCCUACUGGGCUCUAAACAGGCCCAGAAAUACGCCAGUCCGCGACUUGAGGCGAUGAAAGCAGUUGCGCGCGCUCAUGCAAACCGUUCGCUUGAAGAGUACGAAAAAGCGCUCUCGGAUUACCGGUUUGAACUAGGAAGUGAUGCCUUCAUCCGUAACCACCUCCGCCGACUUUACGACGCCAUGCUGGAACAGAACCUUAUCAAGGUCAUCGAACCGUUCAGCCGUGUUGAAUUAGACCAUAUUGCUAAGAUGGUGGGUUUGGAUACACAGCAGGUGGAGAGAAAGCUCUCACAAAUGAUCCUGGACAAGGUGAUCAUUGGAGUGUUAGACCAGGGCGCCGGAUGCUUGAUCGUUUACGACGAGACUGAGCGUGAUCAGGCUUACGAUGCGGCACUGGAAACCAUUGCGAGACUAAGUAAUGUUGUGGAGUCGCUGUACACUAACCAGGCAUCGCAACUGGAGUAAGGCUAUCUAGACGUUUCGUGGGAUCUUUUGUUUCUGUACUCCAGAAAUGACA